CAACCAAAUAAAACGUGUAAUUCCAGAAGCUUCUCACUGGUUCGGAGCUUCCAAAGCCCUCUUCCUUAUCUACUUAAACCCUAAUUCUCACCUUCAUUUCUCCCCCUUUUGCUCUCUGCAUUUCCCAAUUAAACUGCAGUGUUGAAUAAAAUGGCAUCCGCUGUGUUGUCUGUUGCUGCAUUGGCAUCUCCUUGCACGCGAAUGAUGGAUACGAAGAAGGCAACUUCUUUCAAGAGUUUGUCGUCGUUUGCAUCGGUAUCUUCGAGUUCUCUUCAAACUAGAAGGAAUCUGGUACUACACAAGAAAUGUUCUCUUAAAGUCAGGGCGAUGGCGAAGGAGCUUCAUUUUAACAAGGAUGGUUCUGCUAUCAAGAAAUUGCAGACGGGUGUUAACAAGCUCGCAGAUCUAGUAGGGGUUACUCUAGGUCCGAAAGGAAGAAAUGUAGUUUUGGAGAGCAAGUAUGGCUCACCUAAAAUUGUGAAUGAUGGUGUAACUGUGGCCAAAGAGGUUGAGCUGGAAGAUCCUGUUGAAAACAUUGGUGCAAAGUUAGUAAGACAGGCUGCAUCCAAGACCAAUGAUAUGGCUGGUGAUGGAACAACGACAUCCGUAGUUCUUGCUCAAGGCUUGAUCAAUGAAGGGGUCAAGGUGGUGGCAGCGGGUGCAAACCCAAUCCAGAUUACAAGAGGUAUUGAGAGAACAAUUAAAUCCCUGGUGACCGAGCUUAAAUUGAUGUCAAAAGAGGUUGAGGACAGUGAGUUAGCCGAUGUAGCUGCAGUUAGUGCUGGAAACAAUCCCGAAGUGGGCAAAAUGAUAGCUGAAGCAAUGAGUAAAGUUGGAAGAAAAGGUGUGGUGACUCUUGAGGAAGGGAAAAGUGCUGAAAAUAGUUUGUAUGUUGUGGAAGGCAUGCAAUUCGAUCGUGGGUACAUUUCCCCCUAUUUUGUGACAGAUAGUGAAAAAAUGGUCGUUGAAUAUGAAAAUUGCAAGUUGCUUUUGGUUGACAAAAAGAUAACAAAUGCAAGAGAUCUAAUAAAUGUUUUGGAAGGUGCUAUCAAGGGAGGAUAUCCAAUACUGAUAAUUGCUGAAGAUAUUGAACAGGAAGCUCUUGCUACUCUUGUUGUUAAUAAGCUAAGAGGGGCACUUAAAAUUGCUGCACUCAAAGCUCCUGGGUUCGGGGAACGCAAGAGCCAAUAUCUUGAUGACAUUGCCAUCCUCACCGGUGGAACCGUGAUUAGAGAAGAGGUAGGCUUAACCUUGGACCAGGCAGAUAUGGAAGUCCUUGGGCAUGCUGCGAAAGUGGUACUUACCAAGGAUGCAACAACAAUUGUCGGUGAUGGAAGCACCCAAGACGCAGUGAACCGAAGAGUUGCACAGAUAAGAAAUCUUGCCGAGGCAGCAGAGCAGGACUAUGAAAAGGAAAAGCUAAGUGAACGAAUUGCAAAACUUUCAGGGGGUGUUGCCGUUAUUCAGGUUGGGGCACAAACAGAAACUGAACUUAAGGAAAAGAAAUUGAGAGUAGAAGAUGCCUUGAAUGCAACAAAGGCUGCUGUUGAAGAAGGAAUUGUAGUUGGCGGUGGCUGCACUUUACUGCGCCUUGCCGUGAAAGUCGAUGCCAUCAAAGAUACUCUUGAUAACGCUGAGCAAAAGGUAGGAGCUGAUAUUGUUCAAAGGGCAUUGAGAUACCCAAUGAAGUUAAUUGCCAAGAAUGCAGGGGUUAAUGGAAGUGUUGUAAUUGAAAAGGUGCUUACAAAUGAUGAUCAAAAGUAUGGCUAUAAUGCUGCAACGGGGAAGUAUGAGGACUUAAUGGCUGCUGGUAUAAUUGAUCCUACAAAGGUGGUGAGAUGUUGCUUAGAGCAUGCAGCUUCAGUUGCAAGGACCUUCCUCACAUCAGAUGCCGUGGUUGUUGACAUCAAGGAGCCUGAAAAUGUGGCUGCUGGAAAUCCAAUGGAUAAUUCAGGCUAUGGAUACUAAGAUGGUAGAACAUAUUCAGAAUUCAUGAACCGAAUUAAAUGAUGGUGGAGGUAUUAGCCGGAACCUAUCAUCUCGAGACAUAUAUGCAGCUUAUAGAAUACAAUGGAGAGCAAGAUGCAUUCUGGUGUACGCCUACCGAGACUUACAGAAUAAGAUAUAACAAAGAGGUACAUGGGGAUGCAUCUGUUUUAUGUUUCAUUAGGUAGCAUUAAUAAUUUGUUAGGAACAGCAUUGUUAUCAAGUGAAGAAAUUAACGUCGGAAAUCAACAGUUUGAUAGCAUUGUUAAAUUUAAUGAUCUGCGGAAUUGGCAACGUUGCUUAUUAA